GAGAAACUUCUGAAAAAACUGAACCGUAAAUUCGUCGAAGGCGUUGAGGAAAUCGAUCUCGAUGCCAUGAAACGCGAAAUGAAAGCCUGGGGCCGAGGUGGAGAGGACAAGAGAUCCGAGGAGGCCGUUAACGUUAUGAACAGGAACGACGACGUCGAUGUGACAGUAAAGCUGAUGAAAGCUGCGAACAAGAACGAUAACAAAGACGACAGUGCUGGGGUUCACCUGCGUAAACAAGGAAUAGAACAAAGUAGUGCAGAGGCAGCAAAGACAGCAGCAGUACAAUCGCUAUCCCAACAAAAAGAAGCGAGUCAGUCUCUGGCAUUGCCGGACGGAGGGAAGUCUCAUAAUACCGUAGGCGGCAAGGGCAACGGCAAAGAUAGUCUCGAGAAACAAGGCAACGAGUCAGACGAACAUAGAAAGGCACGCCCAGGAGCCAUUACAGACAUAAUCCAAGUAGCUCUCACACGAAAAAAGGGUCGGAAAGCUGUUGAGUUUUGAAGAUGGACGUCACUCGCGACUGGCGUACUAGAUGUAUAGCAGAUUCUGGUGAAGUUUUGCGCUGGCACAGUACGACAAUGACAAUGAGGGAGGCAGUUUAUCUGUGUAACAACAAGAUGAACACUUCUUGUUCGCACAAGCUGCUCAUGCUUUGAAUGUUCAGGUGCGUGUUGACUGUUGCCGUCGGGUGUCUUGCUAGUUCCGAAGCGGGUGAGAAAAGGGCCACGGCUCUUUGCGUGCCUUUUCACUUGCAAAAACUCUGUCAUCAUGGUGUUCGCAUGGCCUAUGUUAGUCCGGGGCUCGACGCAAUGUUUGUUUUCUUCAUCGUUUCAAGUAUGCCCGCUUCUACUUGCUUUUCAGUAAACUUUUUCGCUUUCUGGUGCAACAGGUUUUUCGCUUCCAGGUAUCACUAUGACUAUGGAUAACUACACUAAGUACUUCGCUUUUUUCGCGCUCAGGGAAGACUUUGUCACAUUCACUUUUACACCUGCACCGUAGUCUGUAGUUAUAAUCUU